AUUGUACAGCGCCCCUAGCGGAUACUUUUAAGAACUAAAAUCUUCAUAGAUUUUUUUGACGCACUCGAUAUCGAAUAUUUGAUGUAAACUCACACUACGCUUCCAUCAAUCUGCGGUCAUUCAAACGAACGCAACCCGCACCUGUAAGUUUAGAAUAUUUAGUUUAUUCCCAUUGUCCCCACCAGACUUUUUCUUGGGUGGAACUGGAAAUAUAAUUCAAUUGUUUUUUCUUAUUUCCGUUAUUUCCACCGGUGGGGACAGCGGGAAUAAAAAGUAUAUUAAAUUUUAAUUAUUUGAUUAAUUCCCGUUAUUUCCACUGGUGGGGACAACGGGAAUAAACCGAAUAUGGUUAGUUCAGUAUCCUCACUGGUGGCGGAUACAGCAACUCAUUCGGAAUGUCCACCGGGGGGACAGUGGGAAAGUAAAAUAGAUUAAGAUGAUAGCAGCGAGAUUUUUAAUGUUGUUGGUCUCUAAACAUUAUACUAUUUUUAGUAAAUUUUGCAAUGUUUUGUAACCAAGCAAUAUCAUGUAAUAUUUUAAUAUUGUUAAUGCCAUUUAAUUUAUAGAUAAUUAUACUGUUGAUAUCUUUUGUACAAAUAAAGAGGAUAUUUUAUGGUAUUAUUUGUUUUAUUUUUAGUAACCAAUAAGUUCGUAAUCUAUUAAAAUAAUGAGUAUCUCAAAUAGGUACUUACAUUAUCUCAGACUUUAUGUAUGACUAGAUACUAACUACAAAUCUUUGCUAGGGGUAUACUUAGUAGUUACUGUAUAAUCAAUGUAAAAAGUGCUUAUUCCCGUUGACCCCGCUGGUGGAUUAUUUUUUAAUUCCCAUUGUCCCCACCGGACUGAGGAGAGGGGACAAUGGUAAUUAAAAAUAUAAUACAUUGGAUUGGAGCCACCAGUGGAGAUAACGGGAAUAAACCGCAAAAAGAGUUAACUUCACAAAAAUCUUUAUUUUUUGUAUGCAAAAUUAGGUAAGUAUUCCUAAUAACAUGAAAAUUAAAAUAGCCAACUUUACGACAUACCGCCUUCAAUUAAAUUUUAACUGCCAUUUUGUUAACUCGAUCCAUGAGUAUGUAAUCAAAGAAAUAGAAAAUGUUCGUGACUUUCAGCACAUUGUGUUUCAUGGUAACAUUGCAUCAAAAUAACUGCUACAGUGUACAUUCGAAAUUGCCAGAAGUGUACGGUGAAAACGUGUAUUCUCAUCUCAAAUUCAAACAUAUAAAUGCGAUUUGUAACAACAGAAUUGAUAUUUGUUCGUCGAAUAACACGAAAAUAUGCGCUAUAAGGGUAAAAGAUAAAAAAGAAGAGUAUAGAAACUUUAAGAAUUCAUGUUUUUUGUUUUUGAGCAACAUGUGUGACAAUCCUGGAGAAGGUAAGUACCUACUGUUGUAUUUUAAAUUUGAUUUUAACAACGUCACGGGUGUGAUAAGCAUAGCUUUGCAAGAUUUUGAAAAAAUAAUAUUACAUCUCUGCUGGAUUCUAAAAAAUCAAGAGUACCACAUCAUAGAAGAUGACACGUGCGAAGUUUACCUCGAAACUAGGCGCAUUCGACGCAGAAACUCGAAAUUGAAUACUACAUCUUCCCCUUCUAACGCCACAAAGAACGCGACAUUCCCUACCCACACCUCGCCUACUCUCAACCUUCGCUCUGGCACCACCGUGAGCAUCCUAUAUGACAUCGACACGGCCUUUGACUACCACGUGUGCCCCCUGUCCUGCCCAGAGACAUAUUCCCCUGUCUGCGUGAGCGCGAACAGAGGCGCGGGCAAGUACUUCAAGCUGCUCACGUUCGUCAACCACUGCCAGGGGGACGUGUACUACUGCAAGCACUUCGACGAAUUCGCACCGCCGCCAGAUGAGGAGGAAGAGAAUGUGAACAGUUCUCCGCUCAGCUGGUCCUACUGCGGGGCUUACAGGUACAUGCAAUUCGCUCGUUUCUCUGAGGUGCUUUCCUCCAUGGGCCACUACGGCUGGCUGGCCGGCGACGAGCGCUACUCCGCCAUCUUGGCACCUGAGCAGCGGCGCCCGGGGUACGGGUAGAGAACCCACUAAGUAAUAAAAGUAAUUUAUUUUAAAAAAAACUUUUUUCUUUGAUUUUAGUUUUGUGCGAUUGGGUAACGUCAGAUAAUCUGCCA